AUGAAGGGCACUUUGUCAGUGAUGCUGAUCUUUGCCUUCCUCCAGGAACUUGUGGUAGCUGGCAUCGUUGAGAAUGAAUGGAAACGCACGUGCUCCAGGCCCAAAGCUAACGUGGUUCUCCUGUCAGCUGAAGAAAAAAAAGAACAGGCCAUUGAGAUAAAAGAAGAAGUAGUUGAGCUAACUGAAAUAUCUUCCCAACCAAAGAAUGAAGAAGACAUUGAAAUCAUUCCAAUCCAAGAAGAAGAAGAAGAAACAGAAAUAAACUUUCCAGAACCUCCUCAAGAUCAGGAAUCCUCAGCAGUAGAAAAUGACAGCAUUCCUUAA